AGAGAGAGAGAGAGAGAGACGGGCAUUGCCACAAAAGAAAGAGAGAACCCUAUAGAGAAAUCUGGAGGAGGUUGUGGUGGACAUGCGUCCUCCUGUCCUGCCUCUAAUACUCCAAAAUCACCACCAAACUAGUCUUCUAGCUAGUCCAUUGCUCUCACAUCUCUUCUUCUUUCCUUCUCCCAUCUUCUUUAUCCAUUAGAGAUCUUGGUUAGCGAUCUGAGCUCCCCAUGGAGUACUGAUAAUCGAGCAAAAAUUAACCGGUAGCAGAUACAUAUCUGAUUCUCUACCAAGAUAGAGAGAUUCAUUUAGGAGGGGUAGUAUUUUUGUAUAGGUAUCCCUAGUUGUUGCUAGUAGCGGGAUCGAUGCUUGAGGUGUCCACGCUGCGAAGCCCUAGCAAGGCGGAUCAGCGCGGCUUCAUCGGCGACCAUGCCGGGUUCCCCACGUCCGCCACCGACUGCGACGACUUCAUGGUCGACGACAACCUGCUCGACUACAUCGACUUCAGCUGCUGCGACGUCCCGUCGUUCUUCGACGCCGACGGAGACAUCCUCCCCGACCUCGAGGUCGAUCCCAUGGAGCUCCUCGCCGAGUUCUCGUCCCUGGACGACUCGGCAGUGAGCCCGGCAGAUGGUUGUCGAGCCCUUGGCGACGGCGGCCGCGCCGAGGCGAAGCCUCCGGACGUGAAGGAAGCGCAGAAGGAACUGUUAGUGGAAGAAAAAGAUGAGAAGCGGUUGUUGGAAGAUGAGAAAGAUGUGGUGAAGAACGGGGAUGAGAUCUUGAGCGCGGUGACGACGGAGGAUCAUGCGGCGGCCGGGUCCGACACCAAGUUGUCAGGGUCGGCAGAGGGACACAGCAAGAAGAAGCCGUCGACGUCGGCCAAGAACUCCCACGGCAAGCGGAAGGUGAAGGUGGAUUGGACGCCGGAGUUGCACCGGAGGUUCGUGCAGGCAGUGGAGCAGCUAGGAAUUGACAAGGCUGUGCCGUCCCGGAUCCUGGAGAUCAUGGGCAUCGAGUGUCUUACACGACACAACAUUGCCAGCCACCUCCAGAAGUACCGGUCGCACAGGAAGCACCUGAUGGCGCGGGAGGCGGAGGCGGCAAGCUGGGCGCAGAAGCGGCAGAUGUACGCGGCGGCUGGCACUGGAGCGCCGAGGAAGGACAUGCCAUUGCCAGCUGCAGGCCCGUGGGUCGUCGUGCCAACCAUCGGGUUCCCGCCGCCGGGUGCGCCCACGACGAUGGUGCAGCCUCCGGCGCCGUUCGGCCGGCCGCUGCACGUGUGGGGCCACCCACCCACCGCGGUCGACGCAGCAGCGCCGCCCGCAAUGCUGCCUGUGUGGCCGCGGCACCUGGCGCCACCCCGGCCGCUACCGUCGUGGGCGCACCCGCCGCCGGUGGACCCGGCGUACUGGCACCAGCAGUAUAACGCGGCCAGGAAGUGGGGCCCACAGGCAGUGACACAAGGGACACCCUGCGUACCGCCGCCGAUGCCUCCUGCCGUAAUGAGGUUUCCUGCGCCGCCGGUGCCGGGGAUGAUGCCGCACCCCAUGUAUAGACCGAUGAUCUCUCCGCCGCCGCCACCGCAGAGCAGCAAGCUCGCCGGCUUGCAGCUGCAGCUCGACGCCCACCCGUCCAAGGAGAGCAUCGACGCAGCCAUUGGAGAUGUUUUAGUGAAGCCAUGGCUGCCGCUUCCCCUCGGGCUGAAGCCGCCCUCGCUGGACAGUGUCAUGUCGGAGCUGCAGAAGCAAGGCAUACCAAAGGUCCCACCGGCGGCGUUGACGAGCGGCAGCGCCGGCAACUGAUCGAUCGGUCUCCACCUCUCGCCGACGACGACGGAUGCAUGCAUGGAAGCACUUUCAUGCACGCUUUUUCUCGAUCGAUGGCACAACUCGUCGACAUGUAUGCCAACCUGUACUAUACGCACGUACGUAUGAUCCAUCGAUCGAUGUACGCCCGUGCGCUGUGUAGAUUAGUAGUAGUAGUGUUGUAUCAUGGCUUGACAUCUCUGUUUCUUUUUUUCUCUCAAUUACGCACUGGUGAGCUAGGUCUAUUUGAGGGUUAGUUGUGUGUAUUUCUAAGAUGCCACGGAAUCUAUCAAUAAUAACCAAAUAACACUCUGUUCUGCCUCCUA